AUGAGCCGAAGAGUGGUGCGCCAGAGCAAAUUUAGGCACAUUUUCGGACAGCCCGUCAAAGCUGACCAAACAUAUGAGGAUAUCCGGGUAUCUAAGAUCACAUGGGACAGCUCUUUCUGUGCUGUGAAUCCUAAAUUUUUAGCUAUCAUUGUAGAGUCCAGUGGUGGAGGAGCUUUUAUGGUGUUACCAUUAGCCAAGACUGGACGAGUUGAUAAGAAUCAUCCUUCAGUCAGUGGUCACACAGCUCCCGUACUAGACAUUGAUUGGUGUCCCCACAAUGAUAAUGUCAUUGCCAGUGCUUCAGAUGAUACUACAAUCAUGGUUUGGCAAAUCCCAGAUUACACACCAGUGCGGUCAAUAACAGAGCCCAUUGUGACACUGGAAGGUCACUCAAAGAGAGUAGGCAUUAUCACAUGGCACCCAUCAGCCCGCAAUGUGCUUCUCAGUGCAGGUAGCGAUAACUUUAUUAUUAUCUGGAACGUGGGGACCGGUGAGGCUGUUAUUACUUUAGAUGAGAUGCACAGUGACCUCAUCUAUAGUGUCUGCUGGAACUACAAUGGGAGUCUCAUCACCACCACCUGCAAGGAUAAAAAACUUCGAGUUAUUGAUCCACGGAAACAAGAAAUAGUGGCUGAGAAAUGUGCCCCCCAUGAGGGGAUGAGACCUAUGCGUGCCAUUUUUACCAGAGAUGGAAAUAUCUUUACAACUGGCUUUACACGGAUGAGUCAGAGAGAACUGGGCUUAUGGGACCCGAGUAACUUUGAAGAGCCUAUAGCUUUACAAGAAAUGGAUACCAGUAAUGGUGUACUGCUCCCUUUCUACGAUCCUGACUCCAAUGUAGUUUACCUCUGUGGCAAGGGUGAUAGCAGCAUUCGAUACUUUGAAAUAACAACUGAAGCUCCUUAUGUUCAUUACUUGAGUACUUUCAGCAGUAAGGAACCUCAGAGAGGAAUGGGUUUCAUGCCCAAGAGAGGCCUGGAUGUCAGUAAAUGUGAAAUUGCAAGGUUUUUCAAGCUGCAUGAAAGGAAAUGUGAGCCCAUUGUUAUGACAGUACCUAGAAAGUCAGACCUUUUCCAGGAUGAUCUGUACCCAGACACACCAGGACCCGAGCCAGCAUUGGAAGCAGAUGAUUGGUUUGCAGGACAGUCCGCUGACCCUUUAUUGGUAUCAUUAAAAGAUGGAUAUGCUCCAGUCAAAAACAGAGAGCUUAAAGUCACCAAGAAAAACAUUCUGGACAACAAACCUCCAACUGGGCCACGUAGAAGCUACUCUUCCUGUGACUCUGGCUUUUCAAUUAUUUUUAUUCCCCAGCGAAUCACUCUUGAAGACCUACUUGAAGAAAUUAAGUGCUUACGAAGCAUUGUUGAGUCUCAAGAGAAGCGCAUCUCAAACCUGGAAAACCAAUUGCAUGUACUGUCCAAUGGCACUGACUGA